CUUAUAUGAAAUAUCCUAAGAAAGAUGAUCAUAUUGUGGUAUACUGUGACAAAGCUCAGUCGUUAAUUUAUCAGUUGUUAUCUAUGCAUCGUCCUGAAGAUGAUUGAUCAAUUCAAAGGAGUUAAUACCUUGGUGUUUUUCGUGAACGGAAAGAAGGUGGUGGACAAUAAUGUUGAUCCCGAAUGGACUCUUCUAUAUUAUUUGAGGACUAAACUAGAUUUAUGCGGAACCAAACUGGGGUGUGGAGAAGGUGGAUGUGGAGCUUGCACUGUUAUGGUAUCAAAGUAUGACAGGAAGAAAAAGAAAGAAAUACAUUUACCAGUGAAUGCAUGUUUGGCACCUGUGUGUGCCAUGCACGGACUUGCAGUAACGACAGUUGAGGGUAUAGGAUCCACAAAAACAAGGUUACAUGCGGUACAGGAGAGAAUAGCAAAGGCACAUGGAUCCCAAUGUGGUUUCUGUACUCCAGGUAUAGUCAUGUCCAUGUAUACCCUCCUGAGGAAUAAACCUUCACCAAAUAUGAACGAUCUGGAGAUAGCAUUUCAAGGAAAUCUAUGCAGAUGUACAGGAUAUAGACCUAUCAUUGAAGGGUUCAGAACAUUCACAGAAGAAUGGGAAAGGGCACAAGGAGCAUCCAAAAUUUCCGAGAUGAAUAGAACAUGUGGGAUGGGAGACAAAUGUUGUAAAUUACAAAAUGGAAAUGGUUGUUCUAAUGGUACUAACGGCCAUUCCGAUUCAAUUGGAGGAAAUGGAGAAUAUAAAACAAACGGAAAAGAUAAAAGAAAUGGAGAAGAUAAAACAAACGGAGAGGAUAAAAGAAAUGGAGAAGAUAAAACAAAUGAAGAAGCCAAAACAAAUGGAGAAGUUGAAACAAAUGGAGAAAAUAAAACAAAUGGAUACCAAAACAAGCAUCAGCUAAAUGUAUCUAACGAUCUCUUGUAUAGGCCAACUGAAUUCAUUCCUCACCACCCAACUCAAGAACCGAUCUUUCCACCUGAGCUCAAACUAUCCGAUAAAUACGACAAGGAAUUUCUACUUAUACAAGGGAAGAACUGCACGUGGUAUCGUCCUACGAGAUUACAAGAACUUCUACUUCUCAAAUCAAAAUUUCCAACAGCAAAGAUUGUAGUUGGAAAUUCUGAAGUAGGGGUAGAAAUGAAGUUCAAGAACAUGGUCUACCCCGUCCUAAUUCAACCUAGUCUUAUAGAAGAAUUAGUUGAGAUCAAAAAUGUUGAAAACGGUGUAAAAGUUGGGGCUGGUGCUACUCUUAUAGAUAUAGAAGCUUAUUUGAGAGAACAGAUCGAAUGUUUGCCUGCAGAAAAAACUAGACUGUAUUCUACAGUUAUUAAAAUUCUUAAGUUUUUUGCUGGAAAGCAGAUAAGAAGUGUUGGAUCUCUUGGAAGUAAUAUAAUGACAGGUAGCCCUAUAUCCGACAUGAUUCCAGUGAUGAUGGCAGCAAAUGUUACUUUACAAUUACAAAGUAUAGAAAGUUCUAGAACUGUACAUCUGAACAAUAAUUUUUUCACUGGAUACCGAAAAUCAAUAGUCGAUCCAAAUGAAGUUUUGGUCUCUAUAACUAUUCCUUAUUCCAAACCUGAUCAGUAUUUUUAUGCCCACAAACAAGCGAGACGCCGUGAAGAUGACAUCGCUAUUGUGAAUAUGUGUAUGAACGUAACAUUCCAAACAAAAACGAAUAUUAUAUCAGAUAUAUCUUUGGCUUUUGGAGGGAUGUCAUUCAAGACUCUGAUGGCAGUUCAAACAGCGAAACAUUUGAAGGGUCUUUUAUGGAACAGACAAACUGUAGAAAUAGCUUUCAAGCAUUUACUAGAGGAUCUUCCUUUAGAUCCAUCAGCUCCAGGAGGCAUGAUACAAUAUAGGAGAUCAUUAACACUUAGCUUGUUCUUCAAAGGUUUUCUAAAUAUUUCCAAACAGAUCCAAGAUAAAGUACCAUCAGUGGAGCUACUUACUAGUGAGUUAAGUGCUACUGAAGAUUUCCAUUCAGAGAAUUUCAGAAGUUCUCAAUACUUCCAUAUCGUACCAAACACAGACAAUAAAAAUGAUGCUCUUCGUAAACCAAUAGUACACAACUCGGCAUUCAAGCAAUCUACAGGUGAAGCUGUGUAUUGUGAUGAUAUGCCUAGAUUUCAUAACGAACUUUACAUGGCUUUCGUGUUGAGUACUGAAGCUAAUGCAAUUAUAACAUCUAUCGAUACUACAGAAGCUCUCGCAACAGAAGGUGUACAUGAAUUCAUUUCCGCUAAAGAUAUAGCAAAGGACAGAUUGUAUGUAGGAACCAUAGUACACGAUGAGAAAGUAUUUUACACUGACGAAGUAACUAGCCAAGGGCAGAUUAUAGGAGCUAUUGUAGCUGAUGAUCAAAUAAUAGCUAGAAAAGCUACCAAAAAAGUGAAGGUAACAUAUGAGAAGAGACAACCAGUUAUUAUAACAAUAGAUGAUGCCAUAAAACAAAACUCUUAUUUGAGCAGUGUACCUCAUAAAACCAUCAAGAAAGGCGAUGUUGAAAAAGUUUUUGCUGAGGCUCCACAUACACUCGAAGGUGAAUGCAAAAUGGGUGGUCAAGAACAUUUUUAUUUGGAGACGCAGGCUGUGAUAGCAGUUCCCAAGCAUGAAGAUAACGAAAUGGAACUGUAUAGCUCUUCACAAAAUCCGACAGAAUUAUGUAAACUUGUUGCUUUUGUUCUGGGACUUCAACAACACAAGGUGAUAGCAAAAGUGAAGCGUCUUGGUGGUGGUUUUGGAGGUAAAGAAUCGAAAUCUUGCCUAAUUGGUAUCCCUGCCGCUGUUGCAGCUUCAAAAUUGAAACGUCCAGUGAGAACAAUGUUGGAUAGAGAUGAGGAUAUGAUUAUGACAGGUGGUCGACACCCUUUUCAAAUGAAAUAUAAAGUGGCUUUCGAUGAUCAGGGUAAAAUUCUUGGUUGUAAGAUCAAGAUAUAUUGCAAUGCCGGAUAUUCAAUGGAUUUGAGUCCAUCGCUACUGGAACGUGCAAUGACACAUUUCGAGAACGCAUAUUAUAUCCCAGUGGUUCACGUUGAAGGCUAUGUAUGUAAGACUAAUCUCCCCUCUAACACAGCGUUUAGAGGCUUUGGAGGACCCCAAGGCAUGUAUGUCGGAGAAACCAUCAUAAGAGAAAUCGCAGAGUUUCUUCAAAAAGACGUUGUGGAGCUAAGUGAGUUGAAUUUAUACAAAGAAGGAGAUCUGACACAUUAUAACAUGAAAUUGGUCAACUGUGCUGUACGGAAAUGUUGGUACGAAUGUUUGGACUCCUCGAACUAUCAUUCCAGAAGGAAGGACGUUGAUUUAUUCAACAAGAGAAACCGUUAUAAAAAACGAGGAUUGAGUAUUGUACCCACUAAAUUUGGUAUUGCAUUCACCGCUACUUUUCUCAACCAAGGAGGAGCUCUUGUAUUGGUUUAUACCGAUGGAUCCGUCUUAAUAUCGCAUGGAGGCACGGAGAUGGGUCAAGGUCUUUAUAUUAAGACACUACAAGUUGCAAGCAGUGCGCUGGGUAUACCAAUUUCAGAUAUACAUAUAAGUGAAACUAGCACUGACAAGGUACCUAACACAUCUCCCACUGCAGCAAGUACUGGCUCCGAUCUCAAUGGAAUGGCUGUUCUGGAUGCCUGCAACAGCAUAACCGAAAGAUUGAAACCUUAUAAAGAAGCCAAUCCAGAUGGGACUUGGAAAGACUGGAUCCGCAGUGCCUACUACGAUAGAGUAUGCUUAUCAGCUGUCGGCUUCUGCAAGACACCAGAUAUUGGAUAUGAUUGGGAUAAGGGUGAAGGAAACUUAUUCAAUUAUUUCACUCAUGGGGCUGCUUGUUCUGAAGUCGAAAUCGAUACCUUGACAGGGGAUCAUCAAGUACUCAGAACUGAUAUUGUGAUGGAUGUGGGUGAAAGUAUUAACCCGGCAAUAGAUAUCGGUCAGAUUGAAGGUGCCUUCAUGCAGGGUUAUGGUCUAUUUGUUCUGGAAGAGAUGACAUACUCCCCCACAGGAAUGACCUUCACUAGAGGUCCUGGAACAUAUAAAAUACCAGGUUUUGGUGAUAUUCCCCUAGAGUUUAAUGUAUCUCUUUUGAAGGGUGCAACGAACCCCAGAGCUGUCUAUUCUUCUAAGGCUGUAGGAGAACCGCCACUAUUUUUGGCUAGUUCGGUGCUCUUCGCAAUAAAGGAUGCAAUCAAAGCAGCCAGAAUUUCGAAUGGCUUUUCAUCAUCCUUCAAACUGAAUUCACCAGCUACUGCUGCUAAAAUACGAAUGGCUUGUGAAGACGUCAUUACAUCUAAGCUCAAAUUACCUGACCCUGGUUCGUUCAAGCCUUGGAAUAUCGAAGUAUAAAGACAGGACGAUAGGACACCAAUAGGAAUUUUUUAUAUUAAAAAGUAUAAAUAUCUGCUAUUUUCUCUCGAGAAAGGAUAAGUGUAUGCGAAAUUAUAUUAUUAAUUGAUUAGUCAAUUCAGAUAUUUUAUUGUAAUUUAUUCUGAUGAUAUGCCACAAUUUUUCUCGAAUUGUUCUAAAUUGAUAUCUUGUGAAUCUUGACCCAUUAGGAAUAUAAUUGCAUCUGAAAAUAAUAAAGGGAUAUAUAAGGA